AAAAAACAUCACUUGGGUUUCAUUAUGAGCUGUCCCAACCAGAGUAACAUUUACACGCAUAUUCAGGAAAUCCCAAGUUCUGUCAGAAAGACAAAAAAGGAGAGAAGUGGGGUUUCAUUUCUUGGCUGUCAUCUUGCUGCCAAAACUAUUCUUCUUUCUGCGAAUCAGUUAAAACAUCUAGCUACAUGUCAUCCAACGAGGAUCCUGUGGAGAUUGACAGUCCUGCUGCAUGUAAUGGAGACACACCUAGUACCAAUGAAAAUGGACUUCACCUUUAUCCUGUUUCUGCCAAUGAUUCAGGCGAAGGUCUACCAUAUGCUCCUGUUGAUUGGCCUAGUCCAGGUGAUAAAUGGGCCUGGAAGGUGGGGAAAAGAAUUGCAUCUGCUGGCUACUUUCUUGACAGAUAUCUGUAUCUUCCAAAACGUCUUCGUGGAAAGCGAAGUGUUUUCGCAAGUAGACUUUCGGUUGAACAAUACGUCCGGUCUGAGUUUCCGAGUGUGGAUGUCAAUGAAUUCUUUGCCUCAUUCAGUUGGAAGAUUCCCUCAAAACUAUUAAAAGGUGACUGCUAUGCUGAGGUCACAUCUUCAGGCUUGAAAUCUGAUUCUCAAUUACAAAGCAUGAGUUGUAAGGCUGGUAACAGCAUGUGUGCAAGUUUAAUAGCAGGGGAUCCAAGUCCAGAGACAAUGUUUUGUGACAUUUGUUGCAGUGAACCUGGUUUUUGCCGAGAUUGUUGUUGUAUUCUUUGCUGUCUGACUAUUACUUCUGCUUAUGGUGGGUAUAGUUACAUUAGGUGUGAAGCAACAGUUGAUGAUGGUUACAUUUGCGGACACAUAACCCAUUUAGAGUGCGCUAUACGAUCUUAUAUGGCUGGGACGGUUGGAGGAAGCAUCGGUUUGGACGCGGGGUUUUUAUGUCGACGCUGUGAUUCAAGAACUGAUUUGAUCCCACAUGUCACGAAGCUUCUAAAUAUUUGUAGAUCCAUUGAUUCUCGUGAUGACAUUGAGAAGAUUCUGAAUGUUGGCAUUUGCAUUCUACAUGGUUCGCGGAAAACAAAUGCAAAACAGUUGCUGCGUCACAUUAAAUCAGCCAUGGCAAAGCUUCACAAGGGAGCCUGCGUUGGAGACGUGUUCAAAGAAGAACAAUUCAUUGAGGCCAAUGGAGAAACGCCUCAUCAUGACACUGGCACAUCUGUGUGUACACACCAUGGAGAGUCUAUUGUUAGCGAACGAUCUUCACCCGAAAAGAUGACUUCAAAUUUUGAUCAUCGAGUUGAAUCCCUUAAGCUUGAGAUUGAGAUUGAUCAAACUCUGCAGGCAUUGAGGAAGUCUCAAGAAUUUGAGUACAAACUUGCUGUGGAAAGACUCUUUGCUCAAAAGAACUACAUCAUGAAUCUAUAUGAACAGCUCGACGUGGAAAGAUCUGAUCUAUCAAGCCAUACUUCGAUGGUUGAAACAGAUACCUUACUUGAUGUUGUCCUAAAAAGGAUUGACCAAAUAAAGCGAGAAGUGUUGAAACUCAAGGAGAUGAAACAGGUACAGAAUGGAUUUGGAAGCACUUCUAAGGAAAUGCUGAAGGACCACUUUGGUCUAGAAACAAAAUCUACUUGAAGCAAAGCUCUGCCCAAUGUAUCUACUACAGUAAAUACAUCUUGUUAGUUUCAUGCCAAAAUUUUGUUCCGAGCGAUAUGUUGUACCUGUCUAUCACUGUAAGGGGGUCGUUUGGUAUCAUGUAUUGUUGUAGUGCAUGGAUUAGUUAUACAGGGAACAUGGAUUAGUAAUACAAAGAUUAUCUCUUGUUAGAUGUUAUACAUAGAUUAUAUUGUUAUGCAGGGAUCAGUUAUAUAGGGAUUAGUAAUACAAAUAUUAUUUCUUGUUA